CAUGUCUCUCACUCCUCACUUGCAUUAUCGCCUUAACCAUAUCAUAAAAAGGCUUAGUACUAGACAUGGAGGCCCUUAAGAGCAUUUUUGCCAGUUCUCGGUGCUCUCUCAUCAUUUGCUUUGGUCUUUUGCUUCUCUUUGCUUCAGCAAUGUCCUCUUCACAAGCCAAAACUCACCAGCAUGAAUUUGUCAUUCAAGCAACACCAGUGAAGAGGCUGUGCAAAACCCGCAACGCCAUCACGGUGAAUGGGCAAUAUCCGGGCCCAACCUUGGAAGUGAACAAUGGUGACACUUUGAUUGUCAAAGUCACAAACAAAGCUCGCUACAAUGCCACCAUUCACUGGCAUGGCAUUCGGCAAAUGAGAACUGGAUGGGCAGACGGGCCUGAAUUUGUGACGCAGUGCCCUAUUCGGCCAGGAAGAAGUUACACAUAUCGUUUCACGAUUCAAGGGCAAGAAGGGACAUUGUGGUGGCAUGCUCAUAGCUCAUGGCUCAGAGCCACAGUUUAUGGAGCCCUCAUUAUUCGUCCUAAAGAAGGAGAUUCCUACCCAUUCCCUAAGCCAAAGCGUGAAACACCCAUUCUUCUUGGUGAAUGGUGGAAUGCAAACCCCAUCGAUGUUGUGAGGCAGGCGACUCGCACAGGAGGAGCUCCAAACGUGUCUGAUGCAUAUACUAUUAACGGUCAACCUGGCGAUCUUUAUAACUGCUCCAGCAAAGACACUGUCAUAAUUCCAAUAGACGCCGGCGAGACAAACCUCCUCCGAGUCAUCAAUGCCGCCUUGAACCAAGAGCUGUUCUUCACAGUUGCCAACCACAAGCUCACAGUUGUUGGUGCUGAUGCCUCCUACACCAAGCCCUUCACCACCACCGUCAUCAUGCUAGGCCCUGGCCAGACCACGGACGUUUUGAUCAAUGGUGACCAGCCUCCGGCUCGAUACUACGCGGCAGGAUGUGCCUAUGCUAGUGCCCCAGGUGCACCAUUCGACAACACCACCACCACAGCCAUUCUCGAAUACAAGUCUGCUCCUUGCGCUGCCAAAAACUGUGCAUCAAGCAAACCAGUUAAUGCUACUCUACCGGCUUUCAAUGACACAGCCACUGUCACCGCCUUCAGUAAAAGCUUCAGAAGUCCCAGGAAAGUUGAAGUCCCCACUGUGAUCGAUGAAAACCUCUUCUUCACAAUCGGUCUAGGACUCAACCAAUGCUCGAAACAUCUUAAUAAAACCAGGCGGUGCCAGGGCCCCAAUGGAACGCGCUUUACUGCCAGCAUGAACAAUGAGUCUUUUGUUCUCCCAUCCAACAUCUCCAUACUGCAGGCAUAUGAGCAAGGCAUACCUGGAGUUUUCACCACUGAUUUUCCGGCGAACCCACCCGUACAAUUUGAUUACACCGGCAAUGUCAGCCGCUCACUGUGGCAACCUGUUCCUGGGACUAAGGGGUACAAGUUGAAGUACGGGUCAAGGGUGCAGAUCGUUUUACAAGACACUAGUAUCUUCACCCCUGAGAACCACCCAGUUCAUCUUCACGGAUACGAUUUCUACAUCAUUGCGGAGGGUUUUGGAAAUUUCAAUUCCAAGACUGAUACAGCAAAAUUUAACCUUGUCGAUCCACCUCUAAGGAACACAGUGGCAGUACCUGUGAAUGGAUGGGCAGUCAUCAGAUUUGUCGCUGACAAUCCAGGUGCCUGGCUAAUGCACUGUCACUUGGAUGUUCAUAUCGGCUGGGGUUUGGCCAUGGUGUUCUUUGUAGAUAAUGGAGUAGGAGAAUUGCAGUCGAUCGAACCUCCUCCAGCGGAUUUGCCACUUUGUUAAGAUCAUCAACAGAAUAAUUACCUCCAAAUUCAUAAUCCCGAAACAGGGUUUUUUAAUAUUUUUUUUUCUGCUACUAGUUCACGAUUCCUGUGUUGUUUUCCCUGCAUUUGGGGACCUAGUGCUUGCUCUGUUUCAUUGUUCUUUUUGAUAGAUAAAGCGGGUUCAGAGGAGAUGGUGAUCAAGUGGUUGCAACUUGCAACACUGAAGUGCCAUCUAAUUUAGCUAUAGACCCGAGAUGUUUCUUGGUUUGAGAUGUAUUUUUAUUUUUUAUUUUUCUAUAGAUAAUGUUGAAGACAGAUUUAAAACUUGGAAUA